AGAAGUUACUUCUAAUUAGCCAACCUCUUCGUUCUCGGCUCACUUGUCCAUUCUGCAGAUCCACAUCCUCUCCUCAGGGACCAGAGUUUGCCAGGGGGCCCGAAACCUUUCAGCACAUACCGAUCCGUCGCUUUAAACUUUUUGGAACUGCAGUGUUUGCUUAUUUGUUCCUUUUUUUUUUUUUUACUCGUUUACCUGUUGAAUUCUGUGCGUAACGCAAUUACGCACGGCUUGGAUGGAGAACUGCGUCGUGCCACAGGUGUAAUUUAUUCAGCUUUGAUUAUAUUCCCAUUGGGAUAUUAGCUCAUUCGACUGUUGUUUACGAUCUUAUACUAGAUAAGACAUAAAUAUACACACAGUCUCCUCAGUUGUGGUUUUACGUUUGAGGAUCGAACAAGCGUAAAGGCGCAUCGCCGUCUCUUGUGCAACCUAAAUCACAGGGGCCUGGCUCAGCGGCACUGAGUCAAACCAUCAUAGAAGGAAAGAGACGGCAAGAAGAAAUCAAAAACAACAACUAAGUGGAAAACAACCCAGGGUGAAAGAAAAAUAUAGGGAGGGUGUGACAGGAAAAACCAUAAAGUGGGAAAGAGAGAGAGAGAGAAAAGAGAGAGAGAGAGACACCCCCUGGAGACUAGCUAGGAGACCCGGCCCCCGGUCAGAGAGAAGGAGAGAGAGAGUGAGGGAGUGAGGGAGUGUUUUAAAGCAGGCAGGAGGCAUGAUGUCCUACAUUAAGCAACCCCAUUACGCCGUGAACGGGUUAACGCUGUCCGGCCCGGGCAUGGAUCUGCUCCACAGCGCAGCCGUUGGAUAUCCAAGCACCCCGCGUAAACAGCGCCGAGAGCGCACUACUUUUACGCGCGCACAGCUGGACAUCCUGGAGGCUCUGUUUGCCAAAACCCGAUACCCAGACAUCUUCAUGAGGGAGGAGGUGGCCCUUAAGAUCAACCUGCCCGAGUCUCGAGUCCAGGUCUGGUUCAAGAACCGUCGUGCCAAAUGCCGCCAGCAGCAGCAGCAGAGCACAGGCCAGUCCAAACCACGGCCCCCAAAGAAGAAGUCAUCUCCUGCUCGAGAGGCUAAUACUGAGGCCAGUGCCAACCCCACCAAUGGACCCUACAGCCCCCCACCGCCUCCUCCAGGCACUGCCAUUACUCCCAGUUCCAGCUCUGCUAGUGCUACAGUGUCCAUCUGGAGCCCAGCCUCCAUCUCUCCACUGCCAGACCCCCUCUCAGCCUCCACCACCCCCUGCAUGCAGCGUACCACUACCUACCCUAUGACCUACACCCAGGCCCCAGCCUACAGCCAGAGCUAUGCUGGUUCCUCCUCCUACUUCACUGGCCUGGACUGUAGCUCCUACCUGUCCCCCAUGCACCCACAGCUGUCAGGCACUGGAGGAGCCCUCAGUCCCAUCACAGCCUCCUCAAUGGGUGGGCCCCUCAGCCAGUCCCCUGCCUCGCUCUCCUCCCAGGGAUACACAGCGGCCUCACUGGGCUUUGGAGCCGUCGAUUGUCUAGACUACAAGGACCAAGCUGCCUGGAAGCUCAAUUUCAAUGCCACUGACUGUCUGGACUACAAAGACCAGAACUCCUGGAAGUUCCAGGUCUUGUAAAUAACAAGAAAUGUUAGGAGGGGAGGGAAGGGGCUAUAGGGGAAGAAAUGAGGAAUCAAACAAAAUAGAAAUGAGGUGAAUAACCCUAGAUUACCAUUAGUGUGAUCAGACAGAGGAAGAGAACUUGGGACUCAGCAAUCACAUAAUUGUUGAACUAAAACUAAUUACUAAGAUGUCAUAGUUCAUGCUGUUUAGAAAACAAAAAGGAUUGAAAUGGUGUAGCAAAUGUUUCUACUGACCCUUAGCUUGAUGAUUGUGACUGUAUCUGGCAAUGAACAAGCUUUCAAUCAAGGAAGACAAUAAGGAUCCAAAAGGAAAACCUUCUGGUUCCAACUCAGUGACUUAAAAAGUGACUUAAAAUACAUUUAAAAACACUG